AUGAAUUCCUCCGGCCUCCGACUUCAAGGCCGCGUCCUCUCUGUGGGCAUCACCGUUGCCUGCGGGCUUGCAUUCAUGCUGUUUGGAUACGACCAAGGGGUGUUUGGUGGUAUAUUGUCAAACCCUGCAUUUCAGAAACAGUUCAACCACCCCGACGCCACCAUUGAAGGUCAGAUAGUCUCGUCAUACGUUCUCGGAUGCGUUAUUGGGGCCUGCAUAUCCAUGUUCCUCGGUGAUCGCUUAGGCAGACGCAAGUCAAUCAGCCUCGCCUGUACGUUACUUACAAUUGGUGGUGUUCUGCAAGCAACUGCGUUUACGCUGCCCCAUAUCAUCGUUGGCCGGAUUGUGUCCGGCCUCGGGAUUGGAAUGAACACAACCACCGUGCCGAUAUGGCAGAGCGAGACCUGCGAGCCAAAGCGUCGGGGGAUCCUGAUGUCCAUUCAACUGACCAUGCUGGUCUUUGGCUUUGUGGUUGCCAACUGGCUUAACUUUGGGUUUACGUAUAUCCCUGACCAGCCUGUUGCCUGGCGGUUUCCGCUGGCCUUUCAAUCAAUCCUCGCAAUCCUGACUCUUGUCAUUGUGCCGUUUAUGGUGGAGUCUCCGCGCUGGCUCUGUCUACGUGGACGUGACGAUGACGCUCUAGAUGUGCUAUGCCGCCUUGCAGUCAAGCCCACGAUGGACUCGGGAAUCCUACAAGAACUGCGAACAAUCCAGCAGAUAAUAACCCACGAGAAUGAGGCGAAGGGCUCCGGAUGGCGACAGGUCUUCACCAACGGUCCGCAGCAGAACUUCCGUCGAAUCGCACUCGGGGCAGGCGCCAAUUUCAUGCAGCAGUUCGGGGGCAUUAACGUCGUUGCAUACUAUCUCCCAGUUGUCCUCAAGCGGUCCUUCGGGUUCAGCGAUCGCAUGUCUCUGAUCCUGUCUGCUGUGGACUCUAUGCAGUGGAUGUUCUGGGCGGGCAUGGCAUCGUUGGUGAUUGACAAGGUUGGACGCAGACGACUUCUGAUCUUUGGCUCUGCAGGCCAGUCUCUCUGUUUCGUCAUGGCGGCAAUUGGUCUGGCAAUUGAUACGAGACCGAUGAAUGGUGUUGCGGUUGCUUUUAUCUUCCUCUACUACUUCUUUUUCGGGCUGUCUUUUCUUGUCAUUCCGUUCAUGUAUCCAUCUGAGAUCAAUUCACAUCGCACACGGAAUCUAGGAAGCGCUAUCGCCAUGGUCACAAACUGGCUUGGUGUUUAUGUGAUUGUCUCCGUUACUCCUACAGCCAUUGACAACAUUGGAUGGAAAUUCUAUCUCGUGUUCGCCAUUACGAAUUUCGUCUUCUGUCCCAUCUGCUGGCUGUUCUACGUUGAGUCCUCGGGCCUGUCGCUGGAAGAAGUGGAUAAGCUCUUCGAGAUUAAGUACUACGGUGGCAAGGGUAUGACUUACCACAAUGCCGCGCGGAGGGCAAAGGAGAUUGUGAAUAUGGAGACCACCGAGCAUGUGGAAACGGUGGAUACUGCAUAG